AUGUCUGCUAAGUCGAUCCUCGAGGCCGAUGGCAAAGCCAUCCUUAACUAUCACCUUACUCGCGCUCCUGUGAUCAAGCCAACACCGCUGAAGCCCUCCAGCGUACACAAUCCACCAGCAAAGCUAGCAUCCAUAUACUUCCCCGAGGACCAGGAUGUCGGUGCCAUCCUCGAUCAAGUAGAGGCUACAUAUCCAUGGCUGAAGGAGCCAGGAGCCAAAUUCGUUGCUAAGCCGGAUCAACUGAUCAAGCGACGAGGCAAGAGCGGUCUCCUUUGCCUGAAUAAGACAUAUCCAGAAUGUAGGGCUUGGAUCGAGGCAAGAGCUGGGAAGGAACAGAAAGUCGAGCACGUCGUCGGUGUGCUCCGACAAUUCUUGAUCGAGCCCUUUGUGCCUCACCCUUCGAACACCGAGUACUACAUCAACAUCAAUUCCGUGCGAGACGGUGAUUGGAUCCUCUUCACACACGAAGGCGGUGUGGACGUCGGUGACGUCGAUGCCAAAGCCGAGAAGGUCUUGAUUCCAGUCGACUUGAAGAAAUUCCCCUCAAACCAAGAGUUGGCUGCAGCUUUGCUAAAGAAGGUGCCAAAGGGCAUACACAACGUUCUGCUCGACUUCAUCUCUCGGUUGUAUGCUGUAUACGUGGACUGCCAGUUCACAUACCUCGAGAUCAACCCCCUGGUUGUCAUUCCCAACGCCGAUGCUACAUCUGCAGAAGUCCACUUUCUCGAUCUUGCAGCCAAGCUCGACCAGACCGCCGAAUUCGAGUGCGGUGUCAAGUGGGCUAUUGCACGAGGUCCAGCUGCUCUUGGUCUUCCUAGCGCAGCCUCUGCUGGAGGCAAGGUCAACGUUGAUGCCGGUCCACCUAUUGAGUUCCCAGCUCCUUUCGGUCGAGAGAUGAGCAAGGAGGAGAAGUACAUCUCAGAUAUGGAUGCCAAGACCGGUGCCUCCCUGAAACUCACAGUCCUUAACGCUAGUGGCCGUAUCUGGACUCUGGUCGCAGGUGGUGGUGCUUCCGUUGUUUAUGCUGACGCCAUCGCCUCAGCUGGCUUCGUUAGCGAGCUCGCCAACUAUGGCGAGUACUCUGGUGCUCCGACUGAGACUCAAACAUACAACUAUGCUCGAACAGUCUUGGACCUCAUGUUGAGAGCGCCACAGCACCCAGAGGGCAAGGUGUUGUUCAUUGGUGGAGGUAUUGCCAAUUUCACAAAUGUUGCGGCUACCUUCAAGGGUGUCAUUCGUGCGCUCAGAGACGUUGCACCUGUCCUUAACGAACACAAGACUCAAAUCUGGGUACGACGUGCAGGACCAAACUACCAGGAAGGUCUGAAGAACAUCAAGGGUGCUGCUCAAGAGCUUGGCCUUGACAUGCACGUCUUCGGUCCUGAGAUGCACGUAUCUGGCAUCGUGCCCUUAGCCUUGAGCGGUAAGACAACCACCGUUCCUGAAUUCGGCUUAUAA